AGGAUCAAUACAGAUCAGAGGAAGGUUUGCAGAAGCAGCAUUACGACGCAUUUAUUUUAUAUGCAGAUGAAGAUUUCGAUUUUGCAAAAGAAAUGAUCGAAAAACUUGAAGAGCAAGAUUUGAAGGUUUGCACAAAAGAUAGAGAUCUCAUUGCUGGCGUUUCUCUUGAAAGCGAAGUAAUAAUGAAAUUAAUUUCCGAACGUUGCAAUCGACUAGUAGUCGUAAUUUCACCAAACUUCCUGAAGAGCCCCGUGAAUAAAUUCUUUUUAGAAUUUGCACACGCUGUUGGAAUAGAUCAAAGAAAGAGAAAACUCAUCGCCUGUGUUUAUAAAGAUUGUGACCAACUUCCUGAGUCAUUAAGUUAUACGAUGAACUUGUACUACAAUCGUAGAGCUUAUUUUGAUUUUUGGGGGAAACUUUGCGAUUCCGUAAGAACAUCACCGUUGAAAAAAGAAAGUCGUCAGGGAAACAGAGAAAUAAAGAAGACAAAUGAUAAUUACAUUGCCAAGGAAGAGAGGAUAGAAAAUAAUUUAGCAAUUAAUUCUGAAUUGUCAAAAUCUUUAAGACCACCAAGUAAAUCACACGCAAUUCUACGGAGUUUAACGAGAAAAAAAGAAAAGAAAGCAAAUAAUAAUGAAAGUACAUCAAAGGAAACUAAUAAUGAUGAAAUAGAUUCUGGACUUUGUUUACCAUCUGUUAUCUCAGACUCGAUAAGUAUCAAUUUAGAUACAACAAAUUCACCCUCAGAUGCAGCCAAUCUUCUUUCAUUGAAGCACGACAAAAAGAAGAGAUUCUCACCAUUUAAAAAACUUCUUAGGAUAAAGAAAUAAAAAAAAUUUUUAUUUUUAAAUUUUAAUUUGACUCAAUACAGAACAUUCUCUGCUCAAUGUGUGAUAAUUUACCGAUUUACAAUUUUUUAAUUUUAUUUUUUCAUCUAUUUAUUUAUUUAUUGUAAAAUAUUUUUUUUUCUUUUUGAUUUUAUAAUGUGAAUAUACAGUACAAAUUGUAUAAUUUAAUAAAUGGCAUUUAGAGGAUUAUGGUCUUUAAAUGUUAUUCUUUGAAAAAUAAAAGUAUUUUUUUUUUUUGUAA